UGGCGGCGGCGAGCCUGGCCGUCCUGGAUGCCCCAGCUCUGGAGGCCUUGGAGGAUCGUGGGGCGAUCGCGGGUCUCCGCGGCCUGUGUUUGGAGGGGUCGGAGCUGCAGUUGCACGAGCUGGAUCUUCCAGGCCCCUAAGUCCCCCAAUACUGGCCUGGGCCUGCGCGUCACGUCACGGAUGGCUUGACACUCCCCCCACCCCCCACCCCCCAGCCCCAGAGUCAUAGACUCCAGCGUGGGAGGGGGCGGGCCGGAGACGACAUACAUUGCACCUUUGGAAGGUGCCAGCACCGCCUCCUUCAGCUCAGGGGCGGGAGCUGGGCGGGGACCGCCCCCACUCCCCGGAGACACCUUCCAAGGAGGGCUGUCACCACUCCUGCCCAAGCAUGAGAUGGAUCCUAGAUCCUGUCAAGUGUGCAGCAGUAACCAUCACCAGGCUAAUGCAUGGAUUUGAUUUUACCCACUGUCCUCUUUGGAGGCAGAGGCUCUCCACUGCUUCUGAGGUGGAUUUUAGUUUGAUGUACCCUUCCCUCAGUCUGUGGUUGGCCUGUUGUGGAGUGUGACAGUUGAGCCCUGACACCGAUUUGAAAAAAACAACAAUGGAAAACAAACCGAUGUCCAUGUCAUUAACUAUAGAUCUUCGGGCCAUGUCUUCAGAGGGGGCCUGAGAGCUCGUUGACCGAUGGGCACUCUCUCCUUUCCCCUGAAGAGACGAAACAAAGAUACUUCUCCAGCCCUGCGCCGCACACCUAGCCACCUGCAGCGGCGUAGGUGCCAGUGGUCCGACAGUGUGUGGGCCUGAACUGGCUCAUGUAUGCUGAGGGCGGGGCCACGCGGAGGCUCUCUCCUAGGGACGAUGGCUGCCCUUCACACUACUCCAGAAUCCCCAGCUACCCACCUGGAGCCUGCCGAAGACGGGUCAGAAUGCGAUGCAGACCCUGAAGAGGAGGAUGAGGAUGAGAAGGGGGGAGAGGAGGCAGAGGGGGAGCAGGCCGAAGAGGUAGUGGUGGAGGAGGAGGAAGUGGCCACACAGGUACAGGAGGCGGAGGCGGAGGCCAGCUCAGAGGACGGCGCCGAUGAUGCCGAUGAUGCCGAUGCCGACAGUGUGGAGGAGGUGCUGGCAGAGGAGCAGAGUCUGAGCUUGGGGACCCAGGAGCAGCUUAGCAAUGGUGGUGAUGUGAAGUCGCCAGCUCUUCAAGGAGAAGCCCUGCAGGCCUCCCGAGUGUCUCCUACUAUUCAGGACGAAGACCCAGAGGAAGAGGAGGAAGAGGAAGAUGAUGAGCAUUUCCUGACGCAGGGGCUGGUGACUUUUGAAGAUGUGGCUGUGUACUUCUCUUUGGAGGAGUGGGAGAGGCUGGAUGUGGACCAGCGGGACCUCUACCGGGAAGUCAUGCAGGAGAACUAUGGGAUCCUGGUCUCCCUGGGAUACCCAAUCCCCAAGCCGGAUCUGAUUUUCCACCUUGAACAAGGAGAAGAACCUUGGGUCCCAGACAGCCCCCAUCCUGAGGAGGGAGACAUUGUCACCGGCGUCUACACGGGAGCCUGGUUCUGGAACGAUGACAUAGAGGACCAUGAAGAGGAAGAUGAUGAGGACUUCCUUGCUGAGAUGGCAGAGGAAGAGAACGAGCCCCCAGGGCUGUGGUCUGCUGCCUAUGGUGUGGGGGACGUGCCUGGGACUUGGGGCCCUGAUGACUCAGAUUCGGCUCAGACUUCAGAGGGUUGGAUACCCAAUCCAGGCAGCCUCGGGAUCCUGGCCGAGGAGGUUGAGGCUAAACAUUUUCUGUCCAGCCGGGAACCUGGGGAGAACUUUCUGGCUCCCUGGGCAUUUCCCGCAGUGGCUGUUCCUAUCGGACAUCCAGAGACCACUUGCGAUGUGUGCGGCAAAGUAUUCCCGCACCGUUCGCGCCUGGCCAAGCACCAGCGUUACCACGCGGCCGUCAAGCCCUUCGGCUGCGAGGAGUGUGGCAAGGGCUUUGUGUACCGUUCACACCUGGCCAUCCACCAGCGCACUCACACCGGCGAGAAGCCCUUCCCGUGCCCGGACUGCGGCAAACGCUUCGUUUACAAGUCGCACUUGGUGACACACCGGCGCAUCCACACGGGCGAGCGGCCCUACCGCUGCGUCUUCUGCGGUGCGGGCUUCGGGCGGCGCUCCUACUUGGUGACCCACCAGCGCACGCACACGGGCGAGAGGCCCUACCCGUGCCUCCACUGCGGCCGGAGCUUCAGCCAGAGCUCAGCGCUCGCCCGCCACCAGGCUGUGCACACCGCUGAUCGUCCUCACUGCUGCCCGGACUGCGGCCAGGCUUUCCGCCUGCGCGCUGACUUCCAGCGGCACCGGCGCGGCGGCUGCACGGAACCCAGCAGCGGCGAUGGCACGGGGAUGGCCCCCCACGAGAUGGAGAUGGCAGUCGCAUCUGUAGCCACAGCGGAGCCGGAGGAACUGGAGGCCAGGCCCGAGGAGAUCGAAGAGCCCGUGCCUGGGGUGGCAGAUGGAGACACCCAGGCUGAAGCCAGAGAGGACGAGGUGGUAGCUGCGGCGGCAGAGGCGACUGUCCCCGACAGCAAGAAGGACCCUGAGCCAGACAGACGGUUCCGUGAGAUGGGCAAUGGCCUGAGCGGGGGCGAAGGGCCUUCCUCGCACCCGCUCGGCUUCCAUUUUCCCAUGCACCCCAAGUCUUGGCUGCAUCCGGACGGCUUCCCCAUACUGGGGUUCCCCGAGUUCUCUGAACGGCUGCAGGCUGAUGGGCGCCAUCUCCCCGCCCCCCUGGGCGCCCCGCUGGCUCUGGAGGGCGCGGGGUUGGCUUGUGACCCGUUUCGCCGCAGCGCGGGCUCCGGAGUCGGGGCGGAUGGUGGCCUGCGCGCGUUCGCGCCCGCCGUCGGGUCGCUGCUGGCGGAGCCGGCGCCCGCCGCGCUGGCGGAGGAGGAGAGCCCGUGGAUCUGCUCCGACUGCGGCAAGACGUUCGGGCGGCGCGCGGCGCUGGCCAAGCACCAGCGCUACCAUGCGGGCGAACGGCCGCACCGCUGCGCCGACUGCGGCAAAAGCUUCGUCUACGGCUCGCACCUGGCGCGCCACCGGCGCACGCACACGGGCGAGCGGCCCUUCCCGUGCCCGGAGUGCGGCGCUCGCUUCGCCCGCGGCUCGCACCUUGCGGCGCACGUGCGCGGCCACACGGGCGAGAAGCCGUUCGUGUGCGGCGUGUGCGGCGCGGGCUUCAGCCGGCGCGCCCACCUCACGGCGCACGGGCGGGCGCACACCGGCGAGCGGCCCUAUGCCUGCGGCGAGUGCGGCCGGCGCUUCGGGCAGAGCGCGGCGCUGACGCGGCACCAGUGGGCGCACGCCGAGGAGAAGCCGCACCGCUGCCCUGACUGCGGCAAGGGCUUCGGCCACAGCUCGGACUUCAAGCGCCACCGCCGCACGCACACGGGCGAGAAGCCGUUCCGCUGCGCCGACUGCGGCCGCGGCUUCGCGCAGCGCUCCAACCUCGCCAAGCACCGGCGCGGCCACACCGGCGAGCGGCCCUUUCCCUGCCCAGAGUGCGGCAAGCGGUUCUCUCAGCGAUCGGUGCUCGUGACUCACCAGCGCACGCAUACGGGGGAGCGGCCGUACGCCUGCGCCAACUGCGGCCGGCGCUUCUCGCAGAGCUCGCACCUGCUCACUCACAUGAAGACGCACCGCGGGCAGGCGGGCGCGCAGGCGCAGAACACCGCCGCUAAGGCCCCGGCACCUGCCAAGGCAACGCCGCCUCCGCCGCCACCGGGCUCGGGCUCCGGGUCCGGAACGCUGCUCGAGUUCGCCGGCGGAACCAGCUUCGGUUCCGAUCCCGCCGUGUUCGCUGGGCCCUCGGGCGCCUACGAGGAGAGCGUCCUGUGAGGCUGGUCGAAGCGCGCGGCGCUUCCCCGCUCCCUCGGCGGGCUGAGAAUGCCCAAUUUUGGGUGCCCCUGGGCUUCAUCGCCCCGAGCUUCAGAUCUCGCGCUUGGGCGCGCACGGGCCGCCACCCUGAUCAAAAGUGCCGCAUCCCUGGAUCUUUGCUUCAGGGAUAGCGGGCAAGGCCAAUUCGUCCAUCACGGAUUCCGAUUCAGGGAUUCAGGUGGCCCGUAGAGCCCAGCUUAGGAGUCUGUCACCCGGCUUUCUGGCAGCGAAGGGAAGCUUUUAGCAUCGGGAGAGGGCAAGAGAGAUCAUCCGGCUGCUCUCCUCUGCAUCUGGGUUUCUGGGUGGGUUUGGCUUCUUCCCAUUCUCCCUAGGAGAUUCGGGGACCGUCUUCCGGUCACUUGAGUGUGUCCAGUAAGUUUUAAGAACAUGGUUCGCUGCAGGAGCCUCCCUAGAAUCGGGGGAGGGGGACGAAGGUGCGAACAGGUAAAGCUUUUGUUCUGUCAACUGUGGGUAUUUAUUUUCAUCUUUUGUAUGGCGGGAAGACUGUGGUGAGGAGUUAAAAAAGCAAGAUACCAAAUGGGUAGCCAGGUUGCAAAUGUUGGCUAGGUCCCCGUGGAGUUGGAAGCCUUAUUUGAAAAUCCUUACUCCAACCCCUAAACACGGGUCUGUGGAGCACUGGCUACAAGGAGGGUUUGGGUAUUGGUAUCCCCUCUAAGCUUGUUGGUUCUCUAGUGGCUGCAAGUGGCACACAUGGACGUCUUUGGAGUGCCUCCUGUGGGCUCCUCCAGACCUAGUCUCCAGACUAGUUCCCUAGCAGCGCCCUCCGCUGCAGCAGGUGGCUGCGGAGCCCUGUGCUCAGCCUUUCACAACCCUGGGGUGGGUCCAGGAACCUUCCCCCUCAGCUUAUAAUAAGGGCCCUACAUCCUCUGCAAGCCUCUUAACUCUGCUUCUGUAAUCACCCUGCAGUAGAAGCAGGUAGUGUUUCUGCCACAGCUGGGUCCGUGGCUUACAGAGGGAUUGAUGGCUUACACAGUGGUUGUCCACUUAAGGCAUCACACGGACCGGAGCUCACAGCGCCCUUGCACAGCCUGGACUGUUGGCAUCUGAGGUGUGGCUCAUGCAAGCCCCUCCCACCCUCCCUGAAUUCUGGGCCAGAGUGACUGGGAGCUAAAGAAGUGAGAUUUCCACCCACCCUGCAUUCCCUUUUAGACCUAGAUCCUUUGUUGUAGUGUAGAUAUGCCCUUGGGGCCCAAGAGCUAACAUGCAGGCUGCUAGGUGCUGGGUGGGUAGUCCAUGGGUGGGAGAAGAGCUGGGGUGGUGAUGGUCAGAACUUAGCCUGACCAGGUGAGGUGGAGUAGGAAGGCAUGGGUCCUGAUUGCUCAGCAGUGGCCUCUCUGUCCAAUUUUUAAAUGCUCUUCCCAUGUCUUCUGGGACAUGAACUUCAGAAAAAGCCAGGGCAGGGUGGGCUGGGAGGGCACCAUCCCCAUCCCUCCUAGUCCCCAGCGGUUUCCACCCUGCCCCUCUGCUGUGGGCAGGAGGACCCAGCUUCAAUAAAGAUGGAGAAACAAGCUUUGGGACUGGACUCUGCUUUUGCCCCACCAUAGUGUCCCUCAGGGAUGCUCACGCUGCGAGGCCCAUCUCCUUUCUGACUUCUCUUCUGAGAAACCAGAAUUGAUUCUUGCAUGGCAUAUCAUGAAUUUGCCCUGUGCCCACCAAAUCUUGCUGAGACGCCUCACACUGCCAUAAAUUGGAACAACACACGUGGGACAUGACUGGAAUUAACUUGGCUAACCUUUCAGGUUUAAAGAGAGGAUCUGGUCUCCUUUCUCAGAGUGUAGCCCCCUGCGUUGGCCUUUUCUCAAGGACCCCAGUGCUAUGAGGUUCACCUACCCCAAAUCCACAAAGCCAUGACCACCCCAAGAGUUCCUAAACAACUCCCCUUAAGAUGGCUUUUCUUAUUCAGUCUCUGUGAUAGGAUCUUUUCCCAAUGGAUUUGAAAAAUAUGCAGAUAUGAUUUGAGGCAUCAGAAUGGAAACUAGUAUCUUCAUUAAACAAGCAGGCUGGGCAGGGGAAUGUAGCUCAGUUGGUACCUUGCUUGCCCAGUAGAACUCCAUAAACCAGACAUAGUGGUACAAUCUUGUCAUCUCUGCAUUUGGGAGGUGGAGCCAGGAGGAUCAUGAGUUCAGGAUCAUUUUCAGCUCCAUGAGCUUGAGGCCAGCCUAGGCUACAUAGAGACUACCUCAAACAAACAAAAAAAAUACCCCAGACUCUUAGGAGGUAGAUGCUUCCUUCAUAAGACAUAAAGAUGAAUAACCACUCAGUUCUUAGUCUACCAAGAAAGGCCAAGCAAUUCCUUGAUAAAGCUCACCACUGAUUGUGCAGCUGGGGUUUUUAUGUUGUGGGGGAGGGAAUUCCCAAUGCUAUAAUUGCCAAAAUAAAGGGGAGGGGUGGAGCUCCAGUGACCUGUGAAAUGUGACCAACCAAAGGUGACAUUUGGAGGAUCAUUAUGCCUGGACACUCUCUCACUCUACCUACCUCUCUUUUCAUUUUUCUCUCGUCCCUGUUUUCUCAGCCUUUCUAUGUAUUUUUCUACUUGAUCUCUUUAGACACUGCUCUCUGUCUCUGUGUGUCCUUCCCUCCAUCCCUCCCUCCAAUUGGCUGCUUAUAUAAUAAAGUGGUUUUAGAUUUUAAGUUA